AUGGAGACGCCGAUUUGGUGUGUGCUCUCCUGUCUGUUGGCAUGGGAAGAGGCCUGGUUCUACCUCAAUCUGAAGCGACUAGAACCGGACGACCAACGGGCUCAGCUGAUGGCGUAUGCGCGCCUCCGUGAGACAGACGUCGCGAGUGUCACCACCAACACGGACUGUCGCAGUGGCCGAGCCAAAUGGCGUGUAUUGUUGCCUCGACUUUCGUCGUCAGCCUCGCCCUCACUUCACCCGCCUGCUCACGACGACUCUUGUUGGGCCUUGUUGGGCAAUCCCACGAGUAUUCGCGCUUACUAUGCCUCCAGAGUGUACUCUCUUCGUCAUCUGGCCGUCAACCUUGUUGAACGAAUAAUCCGAGUUAACGUUUUGUCUAGUGUUGUUGAGCCUAAAUCUCCGAGCUGCACAGCCGGCCGAUCCGACCAGACGCUUAAUGCAGAUCUGCUUACUCCAAUUUCGGCACAAACUUGCCAAUCUUUGCCCACCAACAAUCCGCGUGAGCUUCGUCUACCCGCCCCUAUCGGCUCAUCAGACAUUUAUUCGGAGCAUUUGGAUCGCUCAUGUGCAGCUUUGGACGCCUCUGGAAAAGAUGCUUUGUUGCCCUCAACGUCGCCAACUUCGGCUCUUCAUCUCCUUCUUUGUCAGCUGGCUUGGCUGCAACAAGAUGAAAACACUCCACUCUCUUUUGAGUCUACUUCGUCGGCUCAACCGUUCACCAAAAGGGCCAUAAUCGAGGGUGAGGAGCUUGACAAAGACGAUGACAGUGACGACGGUGGUGAUGGCGCCGAAGAAGAUGAUAUUAUCGACGGCACUGAUGGCGAUAAAGAUCCGGGAUUCAGUGUUGACGACAAGACAAACAGGCAAAAGGAGUGCAAGAGCAGUUCUCUGUCAACACUUUCCGGUCAUCAGAAAAUUCGGGCUUUAGAAACUCCACAAAAGGCCACCCCCAAGUUCAGUAUCAAACAAUCUCGGGCAAGUAAACGACAGGUGCGAGCUCGCAAGCGCCGAUUUGUGCGACAACGUCGUGAAGGUUUGCUGGGUUAUUUAUUGACUGGGAAACUGUUGCCGUGGUUGGCGAUGGAGACUAGGUGA